AUGAGUGAUGAAGAAUCAGAAGAUGAAAACAGAUCUAAAUUCAAAUUAUCCAAAACUCAUCAAUUAAUUAAUUAACUUGAACACAAACUUCAGAUUCUUGACUAAAAUCCAUCUCCUAAUCUUUAUCCAUAAUCAAGAGAUUCUCAUCUCAAAAGCAAGUAAGAAUUAGAAAGGGAAUUACAAGAGUUUGAAUCAAGAAUGAGAAAACUUAAUCAAACUGAUAACUCUUAGUUACAAUCAUCAUAGGCUAAAUCUACUCAAAAACAAUCACCAUAAAAGCUUAACAUUUAUAAUCCUAUUUUAUAAUUGUUGACUCAAAAGUUAGAAAAUUUUGAUGAUGAUAAAAAUACUAUGUUAUAAACCAAAUUAGAUCAUCUUAAUCGAGAGUAAUAAAUACUAGAAUAAGAACAAAUCAAUUUAUUGAGAGAAGAAUAAUAGGCUAAAUUUGAAUUGGAAUCAUUAUUAAGAACUUUAGAAAUAGAUGAACAACGCAGAUUGAAUGAAUAGAAAAUAUCCAUUUUUAAAGAAUAAGAGGAAAAAUUGCUUGAUAUUUAAGAUUAAAGUGAGAAGUUAAUUUAAGAAGAGGAGGAGAAAAAAAAUAACUUUUUUUUGGAAUUAUAAUAAUUAUCUUUUGAAAAAAAUUAAUUACAAACACAAUUAUAAGUAUAAUCAAUAUAUAUCUUAUGUAGAAUUUAUCUAGAGAAUAAGAAAUGUUAAUUAGUAAUAGGGAUGAAAUCUCAAAUUAAUUAAAUACAUUAAUGUAAUUGCAUAAUCAAAUUCUACAAAAUGAUUUAAAGAAAAAAAUAGUACAUCUCGAAGAAGAACCAGAUCCUUCUCCUCUUUAGAAUCUAUAUUAGAUUAAUUAACAAAUUUAAGAAUCAAUGAAUUAAUAAUUAUCUCUAAUCAGAUAAGAAUUGAAUGAACAAAAAUAAAUUAAUUUAGAUUUGUUAUAACUUUUGAAUGGAGAACAAUAAUAAUUAACUCAAAGAUAAAUGACAUCAACUGAAAUCUAAUUACAAUAAGAUUAGCAAUAACAGUUGCAAUAAUAAUCUAAUUCUUAAUUAUAAUUUUAAAUAACUGCAAAUAAGCCAAAUUAUAAUCUCAACGAAGAUUUAGAAAGUGAAGAAAGCAUUUUUAUGAUGCAAAAAUAUAAUAAUUGUAAUUAAAAUGCAAAUAUCCAAAUAUAAAAAGAUUUUAAUUAGCUCUUUGAUAAACAUAAGAAAUAGUAAUAUUUUAUUAGUAAAUUAGAUAAUUUAAACCAAAAUAAAAAAUUCAUUUGAAGUAAACAAAAGCAACAGCAGAAAAAAGAAGAAGAUCAAUUGAUUUAACUCAAUCUAAGUCUAAAUCUAAGUCAAAAGAAAGAGAUAGCAAUCUCUGGAAGGAUAAAGAAAAAAGAAAAACUCCAUUAACAUUUGAAGAAACUUAUAAAAAAAAUAUCUAAGAUUAAUUGAAAAAACUUAAUUUUAUUGUGGAAAAAUCUUUGAAUAAUAAGUGAUGUGUGAUGAAAUUGAUG